AUGGAGAUGGGCGGCGGUGGGAGCAACAACCUCUACCUGUCCUACAGGUCAUUGGUUCCUGGCAGUAUUCUACAUGAUGUGGAAGCCGACCUUCGUGUGUUAGGGAUUGGGAGUGGAUCAGGAGAGGCGGACAGUAUUUUUCUGAAAAAGCUUCUUCAGAGCCACAGCAGAGUUUACAGCAGGGUCGUGGAGCCAUGUGGGGAAAGGAUUGAGCAGUUCAAGGCACUUGUUCGUGAGGACCCCAGUUUUGGUGGUGUGAAGUUUGACUGGUGCCACCAGACAGCAGAAGAGUACUUCCAGAAUGGGGAAAGCACGAAGUUCCAUCUGCUGCAUGCUGUCCACGUUCUGUACUUUGUGGAAGACCUGCACGCCACCUUGCGAGACAUGUGGGAACAGCUGGUAGAAGGCGGUCACAUGUUAAUCAUUUUGGAGGCAGAUAAAGGCACUGUCUGGGAGCUGCGGGAACACUUCUGGAAGUGUUUCGGCCACGGGGACCGUCUGAAGACGCCGAUUCGUACGUCCGGUGACGUCAGACAGUGGCUUGACGCGAUGGGCAUCCGUUACGUCACGUCAGGUGUCUUACCUAAAUCACUGAGGUAG